AUGGCCCCCUCAUCCAACCCCCAGGAACAUGGCAAUCCUGACUCCCAACCGCCAACCGUCGCUGCCUUCACCCCCUCCACCAUCGCUGGCUCGGCUUUAACCUCGCGACAGCGUUCGAGCGUCAUCGUGCAUCGCAAGUCACCUUUGUUGGUGGCUACGCCACCAUCCAUCACCAGGGCGUUAGCCUACUCACAUCCAUUUCUACUCCCACUCAACAAACUCGUCGGUCUAAUCACAUGGUCCACAGGGGACCCAUGGCAGAGCUUCUUGCUCGUAGCCACCUUCUGGGCGGUGGUGUUAUACAGUGAUGCCGUCAUUCUUUGGGCUGGCCCGAUACUUGUCGUGAUCGGGCUCAUUCUGGGAAUGUAUGGGAGGCGAUACUCGCCUCUAUCAUCAACUAUAUCAACGGGCGAGAAACAUCAGCGGAAACCCUCGUUGGAAACCACGACCCGCCAUCAAAAGAGUCUCGAUGAUAUUGUUGAGACGCUGCGCGAGCUCACCACGCGAUGUAAUAUCCUUCUGGAGCCCCUACUCGAUCUGACCGAUUUCCUAUCUACCCAGCGGACGCCGACAUCAGCUACAACCAAACCCGCAUUGACAGCCUUAUUUCUUCGCAUCCUCUUGGUAACACCGAUCUGGAUUGCUUUAACUCUCCCUCCUUUCUACCUAAUUACCACACGCCGAAUAAUUAUGAUUGUCGGCACCGUGGUACUCACCUACCACUCGCGACCUGCACGAGUUUCACGUGUCAUUCUAUGGAGAUCUCGUUUGGUCCGUCGACUCUGUGCGGUAGUUACCGGACUCUCUGUCGUCGAUGGGCCGAGUAGUGCCCCCAAAGCUCAAACCCAGAGCAUGGGGCUGAAUAUAUCGACAAAACGCCGUGGAGAAUCCGGCGGUGUUCGAUUUACAUUUGUGGUUUUUGAGAACCAACGGCGCUGGCUUGGAAUCGGGUGGACUUACUCACUAUUCCCAGCGGAGCGCGGCGCCUGGACCGACGAGCACCUGAAUGCUGUCCCAGCGAAAGAUUCAUUCGAAUUACCUGAUGUACGAACAGGUGAUGCCAAAUGGCGAUGGGUCGAAGGAAGCGAAUGGCGAGUUGAAGGCGGAGAUGGAAAUAGCAAGUCGGAGGUCAAAGCCUCCUCUACCGAUGGUUGGAUUUACUAUGAUAAUAAGUGGAACGAUGGACGCCGCGGACAAGACGGCUGGGACCGAUACACACGCCGACGUAAAUGGUACCGCGACGCGCAGCUAGUCGACAUACACCCGGAUGGGACCAACUCGUCCGAAGAGACAGUUUCCAACCUUAGCCAGGCGCUCGAACGGGAAAAUCAGAAUAAAGAGUCGGGAAACGAUAGGGAGGCCGAGAUGGAGCGGAUCGGUCUGUCAUCUACUACUCCGCUCAAAAACCGGCGUCGACGCUGGUUCAGCAGCAGCAAGGAUAAAGAUCGUGCUGCUGUUGAUGUAUCACCCUCUGUUGAUGGUGGCCGCUCUACUGGAGCAAAUGUGGACGGGUCGGCAAGUACACGAACCACGCCAUCGCGUCCAAUUAGUAUCCAAGGCUCGCGCAAGUCUUCACAAUAUAAUGUCCGAGAGGGUAGUCUGGCAACGAGCGAGAGUUCGAGUCUGCGAGAGAAAGACGUUGCAAAUUCACAGGAUCGUCAUGAUAUAUGGUCUACAAGGGCAGGAGAUGGGACAGAACGAGUAGAACGCGAAUUUGGAUUAAGCGACGACGUGAAUAUGGGAUUGAGUUGA